AUGAGUUACUACAGCAUCAGACUCUCCAGCUCGGCGAGCUUCUCUUCUAAUUCAUUGACGAGUGGAAUUGAAGAUGACAAUUCCAGUCUUAUGCAGCAGAAACUGGAAAAACAGAGAGCUCUACUGGAACAAAAGCAGAGACGAAAGCGCCAAGAGCCCCUCAUGGUUCAGCCCAACACAGAAGCCAGGCCUCGCCGAACCAGGGUGCGCAGAGGGGAAGAGCAGGCUCCUUUGGUCGAGUCCCAUCAGAGUAAAAUCAGUGAUGCCGUUGUUGAUGGUAUAGAUGGACCCGCUGCCAUUUUGAGUUCAGAAACAACUGAAGAUGGAAGAACAAUCCAGAUAGUGUCAGUGGGCCAGUCAUAUCACCAGCCUGAGCCACAUUGUCAGCCCCAGACGACUGCAACAAAUGAUCUGGCCGGAGAUGGGGACACAGAAAGUCUCCUGGAGCCUAAGACAAAUAUCCAAGAACUUCUAAAGAAACAAGGGCUGUCUGACACUAUGAACUUUGAUGAAGCCAGUGAGCAUGAGGACGAUCAAGAGGACGGACAGACACAUUCUUUGUCGCCACAAGCAGAAACUAACAGGCCUGCGUCUGCUGCUAGUAGCAAGGACAUCCCAGAGCUUGGAAGCCCUGGAUCUCCCGUAUCAGACUACUCUGCAAUGGAAGUGGGAAAUAUAGAGGAGUUUGUGUUGAGUCCCGCACCUCGAAGGACCACAGUGAAAUGCAGAAUCUCACGAGAUAAAAAAGGCAUGGACCGAGGCCUGUACCCCACUUACUUCAUGCACAUGGAGCGAGAAGAUGGUAAAAAAAUUUUUCUACUCGCAGGGAGGAAGAGAAAGAAGAGUAAGACAUCCAACUACCUUAUCUCUGUGGAUCCAACAGACUUAUCUCGUGAGGGAGAGAGCUUCAUUGGAAAACUGAGGUCAAACCUUAUGGGAACUAAAUUCACUGUUUAUGACAAUGGGACAAAUCCUUGCAAAACGCCUGGAACACUUUUGGAAGAGAGCAACAAACGGCAAGAACUGGCUGCUAUAUGUUAUGAAACCAAUGUACUAGGAUUUAAAGGGCCUCGCAAGAUGACUGUAAUGCUUCCAGGCAUGAAUAUGAACUUUGAACGAGUCCCAGUGAGGCCUCAAAGUGAGCAAGAGAGUCUCCUGAGCCGAUGGCAAAACCACUCAGUAGAAAAUCUCAUAGAGCUGCACAACAAAGCCCCAGUGUGGAAUGACGACACUCAGUCAUACGUGCUGAACUUCCACGGCCGAGUCACUCAAGCGUCUGUUAAGAACUUCCAGAUCGUUCACGAUAAUGACCCGGAUUACAUUGUUAUGCAGUUUGGCAGAGUAGCCGAGGACAUUUUCACCCUGGACUACAAUUACCCUAUGUGUGCUCUUCAAGCCUUUGCCAUUGGCCUGUCCAGCUUUGACAGUAAGUUAGCGUGUGAAUAA